UCUCUCUCUCUCUCUCUCUCUCUCUCUCUCCCCCCCUCCUUCGGUCUACAUCCGCCGCUUUGCCGGCGUUUUCGCCGGUAUCGUGGUCCUUUAUCUCUCUUAUCCGGCGGGAAUGAGUGAUGUUGCCCUCUCAUCUUCCUCUGCGAGCUUUAGCCGUGGCUGGAUCCCCUUGUUGAUGGUUCCGAAGUCCAAAUGUCCUGUCAUAAUCGACGCCGCCGGUGAAGUGUUAACAGGCAGUAUUUCCGGAAGAAAUUCACCAUCAUCGACAAAGAUAAUGAGAGAUGCAAAGACUCACCGGCAAGCUUUGGAAUCACUGUAACGGAGGUGAGAAGUCUCUUUUGAUCCAAAUACCGACCGAUCAGCUUGAAGAAACCUUCAGCGAUGUUGGUCCCGUCAGGCUUUGUUUUAUGGUCACAAAGAAAGGAUCAAAUGAACACCGUGGCUUUGGGUUUGUUAAAUUUGCUUUAGUGGAUGAUGCUAAACGUGCCAUCGAGUUGAAGAACGGUUCUACUGUUGGGGGUCGUAAGAUUACAGUUAAGCAUGCCACGCAUCGUGCUCCUCUGGAGCAGCGCCGUGCAAAAGCAGCAGAAGGGGUAUCAUCAGUCGACCAAUCAGAGACAAAGAGUGACAAGGACAGUGUGAUCCCUGAGACUGAGAAGCAAGCCCAUACCCCAGAAAAAAAGCUAGAGAAACAGGUUGAACGAAAAAGACCAGCAAAGCUGUGUGUUGAUUUAAGGGACAAAGAAGCUUGUUCAGAGAAGCAAAGAGUUGCAAGAACUGUGAUAUUCGGUGGCCUUCUUGAUGCUGAGAUGGCGGAGAUGGUCCAUCGGCAUGUGCAAGAGGUUGGCACUGUGUGCUCCAUCACAUAUCCCCUUCCAAAAGACGAGCUUCAACAAAAUGGUAAGAACUGGUAACAAAAUGCAGACAUG